AUGCUGAGCGGGGGGAGGGAGGGCCUGUUUCAGCUGGGACAGCAGCUCCAGCAGCAGGGGGAAUACCAGGCCGCACUGCACUGCUUCCUCAGCUGCCUGCUGGGACUGACCCAUGUGCAGAGCUUUACCUCUCUGCCCAACUGCCUGCACCAGAUCGCAGAACUUUUCAUCACUGAAAAGAACUAUGGGAAGGCUCUCCAGUUCAUCCAGGCUGAAAAAAUGUUCUACGAGGUGGCACUGAUCGAGCUCACAGCGCUGCACGGGAGAACAGGGCCCCAGGAGGAGCCUUCGCUGGGAUCUGCAGGAUGGACAACCCCAGAGGAGUUCUCGGAGCAGGCCUCCCAGGCUCAGCACCUCGAGCGGCUGGCCCAGCUGUGCAUCAUGAGCAAACAGCCACAUCUUGCUCUAGAGUACAGUGGUAAGGCUACAAAGAUCCACCAGAAGACUUUCGGCAAUGACCAUCCCAUUACUGCCAGAAGCCUGGAGCUCAUGGCCACAGUCUAUGCUGAGAUUGGCAAGACUGAAUACUCAGACUCGCUAGGUCAGUGUGUGUCUGCACUGUCCAAACGCUUUGCUGCUGCCGAGUCCAUCAGAGAAUCGGUCAACAGUCUUCCCCAUCGGGAGAAACACUCAGAAGUUCGCCACAGAAAGGACAGUCGCCACCAACAGGAGGACAAAGCAAAAGCUAAGUUACCCAAUGGAAAAAUCCCCACAUCCAUCCUCAAGAAGCCAAGUCCUAGUUAUGGCUUGGACACAGAACAGAGACGGAAAGGUGAAAGGAGGGUUCGAUUCCGGGAGCCGGAGACUACAGUACAUGCCUACGAGAUAACGCCCUCCCGCCCUCACCUGGCCUUGUUCACGUGCCUCUUUCUGAUGAUGUCCUUCCUGGGCGUGGCCAUGUAUUGCACAGACCGACGGCGUCCGCAGCGAGCGUGCGAGGAGCUGGAGGCCGCGUUGGCUGUCUAUCUCCUGCAUAUGAAGCAACUCGUGUGGGGGUGUUGGAUAUGGCUGACCAUGCAGUGAUGGAGACCACCCAUAAGGGUGAUGUUGGACCACUUUUACAGUUAACAUGUAGCUCUCAUGAGUCACGCCCAUUUGCAGGGGGCGCCGGAUAACGGGGGGAAGGUUAGAAUAAUUCCAUGCUAAUUAUUAUUAACGGCAAUGUGAUUGUUUUUGUUUUUCAUUGGGCCCAGAAUUCCUGCACAUCAGUCAUGGCCAUGCCAGUACUUACGUAUACCGCUCAUUCUUCUUAAGUACUUCUGACAUUACUGCACUCUUGCUUGACACAUUUGAUUCAUGAAUGGAAAUAUUUAUUUUUACAGUACAGUACAUGAUUUGUGUAUGUAUAAGAUAUUAAAUUAUGAUAUUAAUGUUAAUGUAUUUGCAGUACACUAAGGAAGAACGUCAGUUUGAUACAUUUGCACAAUCUAACACAAGAGUUAUAUAAAAAUGUGUCAGAUAAUUUGGCAAAAAUAUUUGAAACACCUCAGUAAUAAAAGUACGUCACUUACAGUGUCAAUCAAAACUCUGCAUUAAUAUCUUUGUAAAGAUUGUGCAGCUGUAUUGAAUGUGUGACAAAUGUAUUUGGCAGCUGUUAUACACGUGGGUGGCAUUUUGUCACAUUACAAAACUGGUUGACAACUCAAAAAAAAAAACUAUUAAUUUCUGAUUUUUCAGAUUAUCUGUUACAUGUCUUUCUACAGGCAGUGAUCAGCUUUCACUGUGUGCGUAUAUGUACAUACGGUAUAUGUACAUACGUGCAUGGUAAUCGGGUCAUUGUGAGGCCAAACAAACAACAAACAACCAAUUGCAGUGUGAGUCCCCUUUAUGGAAGCAUCAUUUCAAGCAUGACAUGAACAUCUUUAAGGGCACAUCACACAUACUGUGUACCUCUCAUGAGCAAUAACACACUAAUUAGAGUUCUAAUUAGAGCUUAUGGGAUUUAGCGAAGGAAGGAUUUUUAACAUCAAACUUUGUAAAAAGAUGUCUUGUAUGCACAUUUAGCUUAGCAGCAUUUCACGUAUGGCCACUUUGAAAGAAGUGCCUUUAAAGAAGCUUUUCUUUGUUUUUUUUUUAUGAUUUCAAUUGUUUUGAAUAAAACUGUUAACAAGUAGGAAGACA